AUGCCGGCCGCCUUUUACGAUGCUUACAGAGGUCUAGGGCUACGACAUAUGUACACACCGCAUCAGGGUCACGCACAAUCGCAGAUGUCAUCCAAGUUCAAGAUGAUCGCGAUCCGGACGCGUCUACUGUAUCUUGUUGAGGGCGGCAGCCCACGAGCGGGAUUUGCAAGUGAUCGACAGGGAAAACGAAGUGCGCUGCUAGCCGCGCGCGACAUGCAGCUUGAGUUUGAUGUAAAAGUUCAUCUCUAUUUGACCAGCUGUUCCAACGGCCCGGACCUGCCAACGUGUUUGCAAUACAAUGAACGGUCUGGAGAACAACUCACCGUCUCGCUAGAAACUUCGGCUCCCCAUGCCGCUGAUUGGUAG